AUGACUACAAUAGAAACAACAAGUCCUCUUUACCUUCACCCAUCAGAUGGCAGUAGCUCCAUAAACAUAGAAAAACUUCAAGGAUCCUCAAACUACAUGUCAUGGAGAAGGUCCUUUGAGAUUUCUCUUGGUGCAAAGAGAAAACAUGGGUUUGUGACUGGUGUUGUCAAGCAAGAUCCCAGUGAUUCAGUUAAACAAGAUCACUGGGAUACUUGCAACAACAUGGUAAUCUCAUGGAUCAUGUUCAAUGUCACUGGAUCCAUAAAAAAGUCCAUUAUGUUUGUGACUAAUAGUGCAACCAUAUGGAAACAGUUGGAGCAAAGAUACACUAUGUCAAAUGGGUCCAGGAAAUACAAGAUAUGUAAAGAUAUCUAUGAGACUAAGCAGCAAGGAGCUUUAAAUCAGCAACGGGAAGAACAAAAAUUGUUCCAAAUUCUGAAUGGCCUGGAUGAUGGUUACAAUGCUCGGAGAAGUCAGUUGUUGAUGAUGACACCUCUUCCCACUGUGGACAGCGCUUGUAGUUGUUUACAGCAAGAAGAAUCACAGAGAGACAUACGACACACAAAAGAGACAUGUUGGUUUAUUGUUGGAUACCCAAGUUGGCACCCUCUGGGAAAGAAAGAAUCAAAGGGAAAAGGAAAGGAUAGUAGCAAGCACCAAGGGAGAGAUUACUCUAAAACUUCCUAUAACCACUUCAAAGGUGGUCAGAAGUGGAACAAAGGAAAUGGUGGAAGUAAAAAUAGGAUGGUUGCCAAUGCUCACACUCAUAAUGAUGUUGCAUCCAGUUCUACUAAGUCAACUUUCACCACUCAACAACUUGAGCAGCUCCUUAAAAUGCUUCAUGUUCCCUCUAAGGCAACUCCUGGUUCAGAUACUAAAGAUGAAAUGGACACAGGGAUUGCUGGAAUGGUAAGCUGUUAUUAUGCAAAUGCAAUAGGCCAAGAGUGGAUCAUUGAUACUGGAGCCUCUCUCCAUAUGACUGGAAAUUUGAAUAUGUUGCUCAACUCUGUCAAAUGUGAUGAUUUUCCACAGAUAAACUUUCCUACGGGGAAAACUUCAGACAUCACUCACACUGAGAUUGUGAAAUUACACAAUCAUCUUCAACUCAACAAUUUGUUGUGUGUUCCAGCUUUCAAGCACAAUCUCUUAGUCAUUACACUUGGUAGGGUUGUCAAUGGGUUGUACUACUUGGUAAAUGAGCCUACAAGCCAAGCUAUGAGACACAUUACCAAGAGUGUGGGUGACAACACAGUUGCAGGAUGCAAGAAAACAGCCAUGACAACCUCAGGAGACCUUGUUAUUCUCACAACAGUGAGAGACACUAAUCCAAUGAAUGCAACCACACUAUGGCACCAUAGACUUGGACAUGCUCCAGUGGAAAAAAUCAACAAAAUUCAGGGUUUAAAAGGGUUCAACACUAAGUGUAUUGAUGUAAAAUCUGAUGCAUAUGAAGCACUUAGAGGGUUUGUCAAAAUGGUUAAAACUCAGUUCCAGAAAAUUAUGAAGAAAGUAAGAUCUGAUAAUAGCCUUGAGUUUGAUGACAAACUAUGCAUGCCAUUCUUUUCUGAAUUGGGUAUCACUCAUCAGACAUCAUGGGUAGGGAGACCACAACUGAAUGGGAGAGUGGAGAGAAAACAUAGAAAUAUCCUUGAAAUGGGAAGAGCUCAUAGGUUCCAAGUUGGGUUACCACUUUAA